AUGGUAGCUCAAUGCAAAGACCGAAAGAGAUUCUGUGGUAAUUGUGGACGACGAGGGCAUAAAGAGAAAAUGUGCAAGAAUAACGUCAACUGGACGGACUGCGCGGAAGAACCUGAAACCGAGGAGGAUGGCAGGUACGGAGUAGAGGCGAUAUCAGUCAACCUGAGCCGAACGACAGGCCUGGACGAUUAUAUUCCACCACACAAAAAUGGAAGCCAAAUACAAGGUUCCAUUCAGGAACUGCUGUGCGAUACUGGCUCAGCCUAUACUCUCAUACCCUUGAAAAUCCACAACGAGCUACGACCACGACCGAAAAUCAACCCUCACAACAUUCCAGUUUUCUCGUACACCAAUCAGAAUAUUGAUAUCGUCGGAAUAGCGGAAUAUGACGUCGAGAGCCGCGGAAGAAAGGAGAAACUAAGGGCCUUGGUGGUUCGGAAAGGAAGAACACUGAUGGGAAGAAACUGGUUGAAGAAAUUCGGGGAAUGUCUGCCUGCAAGUCAGAACGAGACCGCAGAGAUGACAGUAAACGAAGUUGGAGGUACGUGGCAAGAAGUGAUAAAAGAUUACAAGGACGUAUUCGGGAGUGACUUGGGUCGCUUCAGGGGCCAAAAGCUCAAGCUGGAAGUCAUCCCGGGAGCCGUGGCCACCUUCAGCAAAGCGAGAUCCGUGCCAUAUGCGAAAAGAGAACAGGCUGAACAGGCGCUGAACAAGAUGGCGAAAGGGGGAGUUCUGACGCCGGUCAGAUUCGCAUUCACAGCAGGAUAG